CAACGCACUUGUAGUCAGUUCUUGAUUUGUUUCCGUGCAUUCAAAAAUUUCAGAGAUCGUUUUUUCCUAAUGAGGGGAGGUGAUAAAAUGGCGGAGGUAACUUACAUUCGGAAUCCUUAUCCGUUGCCGGAAGUAACUCGUGAAGGAGUGUGGAAACGACGACCUGUACUAGGUAAUAAAGUUUCACCGACGGAUAAAGACUGGAGUACCAAGUUAAAACCCCAUGAACGUCUCUUUGCACAUCACACGCUAAAUAGUAUACGGAAAGAUAAUAGACUUAUGAGAUCACAGGUACCGAAUGAUUCUCUCGAUUUAGCACUUACAACCGUGUACAUUCACAGCAAGGAUACAUUAGUACCUAAAGUGUACGUCACUAUGCAACCUGAAUCACUAGGAAAAAGGACAUGGCGCGUUUUGAAAAAUGAAAUUGAGGUUGACAAAGCCCCGAUUUCGGAGGAAGAGGAUCCGUUAGCGGCGUUCCUGGAGAGAGCAGAAUGUUACCGUGGCCCGUUGCCAGAGAGAAGAGUUCACCCGAGCAGCGUGAAAUUAAAUAUCACCGGUCCUCACGCAGUUGAAUCUAAUCCCGGAUACAGUCGCAAAAUUGACGGAACUUUUUACGGUAUUUAA